GCUCACAGUUCAAUUCAUCGCCAUUAACCACCACUAGAACUGAAACCAACUCCCGAAGACAGAAUGUGCAACUCCAACGUCAAGUCCGCCGGCGUGGCCCAGAUCGCCGGCCGGCCGGUCCUGCAGCCGGCCGGCAACCGCGUCGCUGCAACGGAGGUUGCCCGGCCGCUCAAGAAGUCGCUGCAGAAGUCGCUCUCCAUGCCGGCUUCGUACGACAAUGCUGCCGCUGCUCCUGCCGCUGCAGCGCCGAAGAACACCGGCGCUGGCGACUUCGCCCGCGCGGCAGCGGCUGCGCCGUACCUACUGCCGCCGACGCCGGCAAAGGCGGCGGGCGCCAGAGCUGUGCCGUCCGUGGGCGCGGAGAAGAACAGGAAAGCGCCCAAGAAGGCCGGCGCCGUGCUGCCGGUGGUGACGUUCGCGGCGCUGGAGGCGUUCGAGGUGGCCGGCCCCGCCGGGAGCAUCGCGGCGGCGCAGCGGGAGCACGUGACGCAGGCGCAGGCGCAGCGCAAGUCGCGCAUCGCGCACUACGGGCGCACCGCGUCCUUCUCCCGUGUGGAGGGCAGGGUCGGCGCAACCGCCACCGCGACCGCUGCUGCUGCCGGGGCGGCGCCCGUCGUCGCCGCGCUGGACGAGAAGCGGUGCAGCUUCAUCACGGCCUACUCGGACCCCGUGUACGUGGCGUACCACGACGAGGAGUGGGGGCUGCCGGUGCACGACGACGAGCUGCUGUUCGAGAUGCUGACGCUGUCCGGCGUGCAAGUCGGGGCAGACUGGGCGUCCAUCCUCAGGAGGAGACACAUCUACAGGGAGGCAUUCUCCGGCUUCGACGUGGAGGCGGUCGCCAAAUACACGGAGAAGCAGAUGGCGUCGGUUAGCGCAGGGUUCGGGCUCGAUCUGGGCACCAUCAGAGGAGCCGUCAACAACGCCUGCCGGAUUCUCGAGGUUCGGCGAGACUUCGGUUCGUUCGGCAAGUACGUGUGGGGGUUCGUGAACCACAAGCCCCUGUCGCCGGGGUAUAAAUACAGCCGGAAGAUCCCGGUGAAGACGUCCAAGUCGGAGUCCAUCAGCAAGGACAUGGUCCGGCGUGGCUUCCGAUUCGUCGGCCCGACGGUGCUCCACUCCUUCAUGCAGGCCGUCGGCCUCACCAACGACCACCUCGUCUCCUGCCCGCGCCACCGCGUCUGCUCCAGCUCCUCCUCCUCCUCCGACGCGGCUUGAACAUGGGUCGAUCGAUCUGACGGGCAAUCGGACUCCAAAAAGAACAGAGAAAAAUGAUCUCAAAGAGAGAAAAUACGAGAUAGCCUCGGCCCACAGCUCCAGCAGUAGUAUACGGAAUGUGAGUGUUGAUGCUUUGUGUGUGUAUGUGUGCUUGGUCGGUACGUGUAGAUUAAUUACGUGCCGCCCCUAAUUAGCCGAGAUCGAGGCUUUGCUUGUUGAUCACUGCCAGUAGGUACAUGUAAUUGAGUGCUGGUACCACUGCUUUGGUGUAUGUAUAGUCGUUUUGUGUGA